AAUGAGAAGGGCCCCUCUCACAAAACUCUCGCCCGUCUCUCAACCCUCUGCGUCCUCUCUCCUCCACAGACCCACAAGCAAGAUCCAUUUGCAAGCCUCAUAAAAGAUACAUCAUCUUCUUCAAGCGAGGAUCUAUUUAAGAUACAUCAUCAUCUUCUUCAAGCGAGGAUAUAUUUUGCAAGCUUUCAUCUUCUUCAACAAGUUUUCAUAAGGUGUCAACCUUUUAAGAAGUUGAAAACCAAGCCCCCCUCGCUUGACUCAAAGUUGCAGAGAGAGGGAGAGAGAAAGCCUCGGAUGCAAUGUAUCCCCGCCUAUUUUUUCCGGCAAAUCGCUCAAAAAUCCCCAAACUUCUCUCCAAUUUCGUCCAAAAUUCCAUCUCUAAUCCCCCUUUGCAACACUCUAACUCUAAUUCCCCUUGUAAUAGUGGAAGCUUUUCCAGUCAUGGUUCCUUCUCCACAACCUCUUUAACCCCGCCAAAUUCGGCAAACUCUCCUGCCCUAGAAGCCCUGAGGGAAAAACUUUCUAGAGAAUUGCCCACCCUUUCUGAUUUCAUAGAAAUGCAGAGAAGCGGUGGAGCUUAUUCAGUGGAAGUGGGAACUAAGAAGAAGCCACUACCCAAGCCUAAGUGGAUGAAGGAAUCGGUGCCUGGAGGAGAGAAGUAUACGAAGAUAAAGGGUAAGCUGAGGGAAUUGAAGCUUCACACUGUGUGUGAGGAGGCGAGGUGCCCUAAUUUGGCAGAGUGUUGGUCUGGUGGUGAAACUGGCACUGCUACGGCUACUAUUAUGAUCUUGGGUGAUACUUGCACCAGGGGUUGCAGAUUUUGUAAUGUGAAGACAUCACGAACGCCACCUCCACCUGAUCCAAAUGAGCCGUCUAAUGUGGCUGAGGCUAUUGCUUCAUGGGGAUUGGAUUAUGUUGUGAUUACUAGUGUGGAUAGAGAUGAUUUGUCUGAUCAAGGAAGUGGCCAUUUUGCAGAGACAGUGCAGAAAUUGAAAAUCUUGAGGCCAAGUAUACUUAUUGAAGCACUUGUUCCAGACUUUCGUGGUGACUCUACCUGUGUAGAGAAAGUAGCAAAAUCAGGAUUAGAUGUCUUUGCCCAUAACAUAGAAACAGUUGAAGAGCUUCAGAGUGUGGUUCGGGACCAUCGUGCUAAUUUCAAGCAGUCUAUUGAAGUUCUAAAGAUGGCAAAAGACUAUGCUCCUGCUGGAACUCUUACGAAGACUUCGAUAAUGUUGGGUUGUGGAGAAACACCCAGUCAGGUGAUAAAGACAAUGGAGAAUGUGAAGGCAGCAGGGGUUGAUGUUAUGACAUUUGGCCAAUAUAUGCGGCCAUCAAAGCGGCAUAUGCCUGUCUCAGAGUAUAUUACUCCAGAAGCAUUUCAGGAAUUUCAAGAGCUGGGAAUGGAAAUGGGUUUUCGUUAUGUGGCAUCCGGACCGAUGGUGAGGUCCUCUUACAAGGCUGGAGAGCUGUACAUCAAAUCAAUGAUCGAAUCCGACAGGGCCAAAUACAGAACUGUAUCUUCAAAAGACUGAGAACCCCAUUCAUCUCACUCUCAUCCAUGAUUUUUAACUAUGUAUUGUUUGCAGCACGAUUCGAUGUUGGUUCAUGGAAUUAUGUAUGGGUGCGGUUUGUAUGGAGCCGAGGCUCUAAACAAUCAAAUUAGAGCCCACCUUCAAAUAGUGUUGAGAAAUAAUGUUUCAAUA